AUGGACGGUAGGUUCUCCCCCUCUGCAAACUACGAGUUCGCCGGCUGGCGCUGGAACGCGGCCAAGCUCGGCCCUGAACAAGAAAGUCCCUUUAAAGAACUGUAUCAACAGUACAACACGGUUCCCUGCAACAUCCAAUCCAAGCGUGCCUUUUACUACGAUGUUUCCUCCAUCGCCGACCAAGCAGACGACCUCGAAGACUUCCAUCGCAGGCUGGCUGUCCGGAGUAACCAGCGGCUGCAGGAGCUGCGGGAGAUUCGGGAGGGUAUCAUCAGACAUGCGCCGCACCCUCUCAGCCGCGGGCAUGACGAUCCGGUCCACACAGCUUUUAUAAGCUUGUGCGGCAACAUGUCCUUCGAGAACCUGCUCCUUUACGUAAACGCGCAUUACGGCUCGGGCGUCUACGGGCCUGACUUUAUAAAAGGCAUUGAUCCCCGAAUUUACCCGCCGCCGCCGCCGCCCCCUUGCCGUGACCCAUUCGACCUUUACGACCCAAGCUUGUGGGCGACGGCAACGCGUUCAAGCAACCGUGUAGACAGCCACCAUCGGCCCCGGGCUCUAGCGCGGGAGGUGUUAGACGAGCUUCCCGGCAUGGCCUCCCUUCCGGCGUUACCUCACGACAUGACCUCCCUUCCGGCGUUAUCUCACGACAUGGCCUCGCCUCACGACAUGGCCUCGCCCCACGACAUGGCCUCGCCCCACGACAUGGCCUUGCCUCACGAUAUGGCCCCGCCUCACGACACGUCGGAAAACCCUCCAAAGACUGCAGGCUCAAGUGCCUUGUUUCCGUCCGAUACCCACAAUAGAACGACGGGAGCUUCCGGCCCAGUUCGUUUCUCUAAAAACCGGCCGCCACCACCCGUUCCCAACCUUCAGCUUCGCCCGGUCGUCUAUGCCGAUAAAAGGAACCAAAGUGGCUAG